AUGAAGAAUCUGGUUCUGUUCUUAUUUGUUUUCGUUGUUGGUCUUUGGCUAACAGAAGGACAGCAGACGACUGAUGGGCCAGUGACUCUAAGUCCCACACUGAGUGAAGAAUUGUCGGUUUCUAACGAAACGCUUGAUUCUGGAAACUCAACGGCACAGGCAGGAAGUCUUCAUUUCAGACCACCAACAAUAUCGGGUCCGUUGUGUUUACUCCGGCUUUCUGAUUCUACUGGGAUGUUCCACCAACUUUCUGGAUACAUUCUGGUUCUGAUGCGCCAAUCUUCAACAAGCGAGAUUCCUACAGAAACGAGUGCACAGGGAACCCAUGCGGGGCACAUGGGAGAUGCACCAACAAUCACGGAUCCUACACAUGUGUCUGUAAUCCAGGAUUCGAGUUCAGCGGAACAACAUGCAUUGACACAGACGAGUGCACAGGAGACGCAUGCGGGGAAAAGGGGAAAUGCACCAACACACAAGGAUCCUACACAUGUGACUGUAAUGCAGGACACAGACGAGUGCAAAGGAGACCCAUGCGGGGAAAAGGGGAAAUGCACCAACACACAAGGAUCCUACACAUGUGACUGUAAUGCAGGGUACGAGUUCCGCGAUACAACAUGCGUUGACACAGACGAGUGCAAAGGAGACCCAUGCGGGGAAAAGGGGAAAUGCACCAACACACAAGGAUCCUACACAUGUGACUGUAAUGCAGGGUACGAGUUCCGUGAAACAACAUGCGUUGACACAAACGAGUGCAAAGGAGACCCAUGCGGGGAAAAGGGGAAAUGCACCAACACACAAGGAUCCUACACAUGUGACUGUAAUACAGGGUACGAAUUCCGUGAAACAACAUGCGUUGGUAAACACAGACGAGUGCCACAAAGGAGACCAUGGGGGGAAAAGGGGAAAUGCACCCACACACAAGGAUCCUACACAUGUGACUGUAAUGCAGGGUACGAGUUCCGCGAUACAACAUGCGUUGACACAGACGAGUGCAAAGGAGACCCAUGCGGGGAAAAGGGGAAAUGCACCAACACACAAGGAUCCUACACAUGUGACUGUAAUGCAGGGUACGAGUUCCGUGAAACAACAUGCGUUGACACAGACGAGUGCAAAGGAGACCCAUGCGGGGAAAAGGGGAAAUGCACCAACACACAAGGAUCCUACACAUGUGACUGUAAUGCAGGGUACGAGUUCCGCGAAAAAGAAUGCGUUGACACCGACGAGUGCACAGGAGACCCAUGCGGGGAGAAGGGGAAAUGCACCAACACACAAGGAUCCUACACAUGUGACUGUAAUGCAGGGUACGAGUUCCGUGAAACAACAUGCGUUGACACAGACGAGUGCAAAGGAGACCCAUGCGGGGAAAAGGGGAAAUGCACCAACACACAAGGAUCCUACACAUGUGACUGUAAUGCAGGGUACGAGUUCCGCGAAAGAACAUGCGUUGACACAGACGAGUGCACAGGAGACCCAUGCGGGGGAAAGGGGAAAUGCACCAACACACAAGGAUCCUACAUAUGUGACUGUAAUGCAGGGUACGAGUUCCGUGAAACAACAUGCGUUGGUAAACACAGACGAGUGCAAAGGAGACCCAUGCGGGGAAAAGGGGAAAAGGGGAAAUGCACCAACACACAAGGAUCCUACACAUGUGACUGUAAUGCAGGGUACGAGUUCCGUGAAACAACAUGCGUUGACACAGACGAGUGCAAAGGAGACCCUGCGGGGAAAAGGGGAAAUGCAACCAAACACAAGGAUCCUACACAUGUGACUACACAGACGAGUGCAAAGGAGACCCAUGCGGGGAAAAGGGGAAGUGCACCAACACACAAGGAUCCUACACAUGUGACUGUAAUGCAGGGUACGAGUUCCGCAAAACAACAUGCGUUGACACAGACGAGUGCAAAGGAGACCCAUGCGGGGAAAAGGGGAAAUGCACCAACACACAAGGAUCCUACACAUGUGACUGUAACGCAGGGUACGAGUUCCGCGAAACAACAUGCGUUGACACAGACGAGUGCAAAGGAGACCCAUGCGGGGAAAAGGGGAAAUGCACCAACACACAAGGAUCCUACAACAUGUGACUGUAAUGCAGGGUACGAGUUCCGCGAAAGAACAUGCGUUGACACAGACGAGUGCAAAGGAGACCCAUGCGGGGGAAAGGGGAAAUGCACCAACACACAAGGAUCCUACACAUGUGACUGUAAUGCAGGGUACGAGUUCCGCGAAACAACAUGCGUUGACACAGACGAGUGCCAAGGAGACCCAUGCGGGGAAAAGGGGAAAUGCACCAACACACAAGGAUCCUACACAUGUGACUGUAAUGCAGGGUACGAGUUCCGUGAAACAACAUGCGUUGACACAGACGAGUGCAAAGGAGACCCAUGCGGGGAAAAGGGGAAAUGCACCAACACACAAGGAUCCUACACAUGUGACUGUAAUGCAGGGUACGAGUUCCGUGAAACAACAUGCGUUGACACAGACGAGUGCAAAGGAGACCCAUGCGGGGAAAAGGGGAAAUGCACCAACACACAAGGAUCCUACACAUGUGACUGUAAUGCAGGGUACGAGUUCCGUGAAACAACAUGCGUUGACACAGACGAGUGCAAAGGAGACCCAUGCGGGGAAAAGGGGAAAUGCACCAACACACAAGGAUCCUACACAUGUGACUGUAAUGCAGGGUACGAGUUCCGCGAAAGAACAUGCGUUGACACAGACGAGUGCACAGGAGACCCAUGCGGGGAAAAGGGGAAGUGCACCAACACACAAGGAUCCUACACAUGUGACUGUAAUGCAGGGUACGAGUUCCGCGAUACAACAUGCGUUGACACAGACGAGUGCAAAGGAAACCCAUGCGGGGAAAAGGGGAAAUGCACCAACACACAAGGAUCCUACACAUGUGACUGUAAUGCAGGGUACGAGUUCCGCGAAAGAACAUGCGUUGACACAGACGAGUGCAAAGGAGACCCAUGCGGGGGAAAGGGGAAAUGCACCAACACACAAGGAUCCUACACAUGUGACUGUAAUGCAGGGUACGAGUUCCGCGAAACAACAUGCGUUGACACAGACGAGUGCAAAGGAGACCCAUGCGGGGAAAAGGGGAAAUGCACCAACACACAAGGAUCCUACACAUGUGACUGUAAUGCAGGGUACGAGUUCCGUGAAACAACAUGCGUUGGUAAACACAGACGAGUGCAAAGGAGACCCAUGCGGGGAAAAGGGGAAUGCACCAACACACAAGGAUCGUACACAUGUGACUGUAAUGCAGGGUACGAGUUCCGUGAAACAACAUGCGUUGACACAGACGAGUGCAAAGGAGACCCAUGCGGGGAAAAGGGGAAAUGCACCAACACACAAGGAUCCUACACAUGUGACUGUAAUGCAGGGUACGAGUUCCGUGAAACAACAUGCGUUGACACUGACGAGUGCACAGGAGACCCAUGCGGGGAAAAGGGGAAGUGCACCAACACACAAGGAUCCUACACAUGUGACUGUAAUGCAGGGUACGAGUUCCGCGAUACAACAUGCGUUGACACAGACGAGUGCAAAGGAGACCCAUGCGGGGAAAAGGGGAAAUGCACCAACACACAAGGAUCCUACACAUGUGACUGUAAUGCAGGACACAGACGAGUGCACGGAGACCCAUGCGGGGAAAAGGGGAAGUGCACCAACACACAAGGAUCCUACACAUGUGACUGUAAUGCAGGGUACGAGUUCCGCGAUACAACAUGCGUUGACACAGACGAGUGCAAAGGAGACCCAUGCGGGGAAAGGGGGAAAGCACCAACACACAAGGAUCCUACACAUGUGACUGUAAUGCAGGGUACGAGUUCCGUGAAACAACAUGCGUUGACACAGACGAGUGCAAAGGAGACCCAUGCGGGGAAAAGGGGAAAUGCACCAACACACAAGGAUCCUACACAUGUGACUGUAAUGCAGGGUACGAGUUCCGCGAAACAACUUGCGUUGACACAGACGAGUGCAAAGGAGACCCAUGCGGGAAAAGGGAAAUGCACCAACACACAAGGAUCCUACACAUGUGACUGUAAUGCAGGGUACGAGUUCCGUGAAACAACAUGUGUUGACACAGACGAGUGCAAAGGAGACCCAUGCGGGGAAAAGGGGAAAUGCACCAACACACAAGAUCCUACACAUGUGACUGUAAUGCAGGGUACGAGUUCCGUGAAACAACAUUGUUACACAGACGAGUGCAAAGGAGACCCAUGCGGGGAAAAUGGGGAAAUGCACCAACACACAGGAUCCUACACAUGUGACUGUAAUGCAGGGUACGAGUUCCGCGAAACAACAUGCGUUGACACAGACGAGUGCAAAGGAGACCCAUGCGGGGAAAAGGGGAAAUGCACCAACACACAAGGAUCCUACACAUGUGACUGUAAUGCAGGGUACGAGUUCCGCGAAACAACAUGCGUUGACACAGACGAGUGCAAAGGAGACCCAUGCGGGGAAAAGGGGAAGUGCACCAACACACAAGGAUCCUACACAUGUGACUGUAAUGCAGGGUACGAGUUCCGCGAAACAACAUGCGUUGACACAGACGAGUGCACAGGAGACCCAUGCGGGGGAAAGGGGAAAUGCACCAACACACAAGGAUCCUACAAAUGUGACUGUAAUGCAGGGUACGAGUUCCGCGAUACAACAUGCGUUGACACAGACGAGUGCAAAGGAGACCCAUGCGGGGAAAAGGGGAAAUGCACCAACACACAAGGAUCCUACACAUGUGACUGUAAUGCAGGGUACGAGUUCCGCGAAAGAACAUGCGUUGACACAGACGAGUGCACAGGAGACCCAUGCGGGGAAAACGGGAAAUGCACCAACACACAAGGAUCCUACACAUGUGACUGUAAUGCAGGGUACGAGUUCCGCGAAACAACAUGCGUUGACACAGACGAGUGCACAGGAGACCCAUGCGGGGGAAAGGGGAAAUGCACCAACACACAAGGAUCCUACAAAUGUGACUGUAAUGCAGGGUACGAGUUCCGCGAUACAACAUGCGUUGAUAUAGACGAGUGUAAAUAUGUAGCGUGUGCUAAAAACAAACACAGGAUAUGCAUCAACACUAUAGGAUCUUACGAAUGUCGCUGUAAGAAAGGCUUCCAUUUUCAAGGGAAGUCAUGUGUUGAUAAGUAG